GACUGUUGCGCACAGUAGGCUACUGGCAGCAUCAUACAUUUAAGUAAUUCAAGACUUGCAUGUACAGAGAGGUAUCCAUGGACUACAAUAGUCCCGAGUUUGUACCUUCUGUCUUUUCCUACUCUACCAAGUGUGAAAUAAGCGGCAAUACAAAACUUGAGAGAUUUAAGAGGAAAAGAAAGAGGGAAGAAACCACCCACAGACCACCAGAUGAUGUACAGCAGUCCAAAGAAGCUAGUGAUGAGGUUGCAUCAGAAUCUUCAGGAGCUUGCCUGUCGUCAGAUGACUGCAGAAUGGAGCCUGGUGCUGGUCCUUGCACUGAAGCCACCGUGCCAAAGGCUCUCCACGAUGAUCUGAAACACAAGUACAGCCAACUUUCUACAGAAUGUGUCAACCUGCGUUUGGAGAUCGACAAACUGAAAUCUGAGAAUGAGGAACUAAAGGCAACACUCAUAAAUACACAAUUUUCCUUUAGCUCUAUCAAGAGUAAAGCAGUGCAGGUUCUGUUUUUCACAGGUCUGACCAGUGUCUUAUUUGAGUGGUUGAUUCACAAACUUAAAGACAGUGUAGAGGUUGUGCAUAGCUCUAUGAGCCUGCAGGAUCAUCUAUUAAUCAUCCUAAUGAAACUACGAUUAGGGCUCUGCAACAAGGAUUGCUUUCAGAUUUAAUGUCACAGAAUGGGAAAUCUCAAAAAUAUUGAGAAGUUGGCUCCCUGUUAUGUCUGCGACUUUAAAGCCUCUCAUAAAGUGGCCAAGCAAGCAUGCAGUAUUAAAGAAUAUGCCAAAAUGUUUUAAACCUAAAUAUAAACGUUGCAGGUGCAUUAUUGACUGUACAGAGAUUUUUAUCAACAGACCCACAAAUUUAACCUCCAGAGCCCAGACGUACUCGACUUAUAAAAGCCACAACACUGUUAAAUAUUUGGUUGGCAUGUCACCUUCAGGAGCCAUUUAUUUUCUGUCGGCAGGUUGGGGUGGGCGAGUUUCAGAUAAACAAAUUACAGCCGAGUCUGGAUUUUAUGACCUUGUAGAGCAUAAUGAUGAGAUAUUAGCAGAUCGUGGUUUUACCAUCAGAGGAGCUUGCCACACGUGGUGCCACCCUUCGGAUCCCUAACUUUACAAAAGGAAAAAAGCAGCUCUCUGCUUACGAAGUAGACAUAUCUAGGCGUUUGUCUAAUGUCAGAAUACACGUCGAAAGAAUAAUAGGUAGAUGGAAAUUUUUUAAAAUUUUGACUACUGUUAUUCCACUUACACAGGUUGACCUCUUAGAUGACGUUGUGAUUGUGUGUGGAGCAUUAACCAACCUUUGCAAAUGUGUAGUCCCAAGAAGAUAUCUUGAUUCAUUCUGUAAGUAACUGUUUAUUGUCAUAAACACAUUUAAUUUCACAUUCAAGUUUUUAAAUGUAAAAUACUAGUACUGUA